UGGCGGCGCUACAGUCAGUGCUGUGCGCGACUGCGACUCGUGCGCAUGAGGCGCCCGACAACAAAAUAGCAACGAAACUUCCGAAAUUGUGUUUUGUUUGAAAUCAAUCGAAGUCCGAUCUGUGCUUAUUAAACUUGUGUUGAUAAUUAAAACUGUGCUGUGACUUGUGACGUCACUAUUCUGUUUUCGUGUUAUCUCAAGGAAUUAUCUUGUAGCGUGGACUAGUGCAAUUGUUUUCUUUGUUGACGUACACCAGCUGUCAAAAUAAACGGAUUAUCAAGGAGCAAACGAUUGAAUUCUUCACACUCAAGAUUCCUGAAUUUUAAGUAACAAAAAAGAAUUGCGGAACCACAAACGAUGAACUGAAACGAAAAUAACAAGAAAAUGUCAAGAGCUAUCGCGCCAUUAUGACCAGAUGAACCAAAAUGAACGGUCAUUGGCCGAUAUUGUUUAAUAGUGACACUAAUUAUGAGUAAAAAGUAAGAGUUGAAAAUCAAAAUGGCGCAUAAAGUGAAAAACAACCAUUACGUAGCGACGCACAGGUCCGGGGUGGACUCUCCUUCCUCCGGGGGAUAUAUGCAUCGAGCUUCGUCCAGAGAUGAGAAUGACAGCCACAGAGCACCUUCAGAGAGAACUCUCUCGGAAUAUACGACAAUGGACGAGAGGACACGGUCUCCGUCAGGCGAGCACAGGAACGGGAGGCGACAUCAACACACGAACGGCUCCCCGCGAGCUGACUCUGGGUCCGACGUGUACGUCACCAGCGCAGCAUACCGACCGCCUUCAGAAAUCAGUCGGCAGUCACGGGCACCUCGGAGUGUAUACUCGUACAGAAGCGCAGUGGCGCCCUCUGUGGCCUCCACUCACAGAUCCAAAGUCUCAAGAAAGGCAGGUGUGAAGGUGGACGCCAUGGCAGCCCCGAACCCCUUCUGCCCAAACGUGAAGGGCAUGUGCUGUCUCAUGCUGCUCCUGAACCUGGGCCUGAUCCUCGUCACUCUGGGCUUCGUCAUCGUCCUACAGUUCUUUGAACCACUGUUCGUCUGGAUCCUAGGCAUAGUUUUCCUGAUCUUCGGCUUCAUCACACUUGUGGGCAGUCUGAUCUACUGCGUAGUGUUGUGCCGGGAGAAUCCCUACCCCCGCUACCCGGACGACUUCUACUGGACUCACCAUUGGUCCAAAACCAUCGGCCCUUCGGAGAUCCACUACAGCGCUAGCGAGAAACAAUACGUCAAAAAUGGCCACGGAGACAGAUAUAACAAGUACAAUGGGAAAUAUUCAGAUAGAGAGAGUGCUAAAGGCUACUCGGACAGAGAGAGUAAACUCAGUAGGUACUGAACAAUAAUUUAAAUGCUAUGAAUUAAUUGAAUAGAUCAAAGUUUUAACACCAUUCACCCCAAACACUAGAUGUCGCUUCUUUGCAAAGCAAUUGUUUUUGUGUAUUAGAUAAUGUAUCUUAACAAUGAAACACUAGAAAAAUAAUUGUGAGAGGAUUUUUGAAGUGGCAACCCUUUAGCAGUUCUUGGCCUAAAUUGUACUUUUUCUGGUAUUAAUGAAGAGAAGGUUCUAACAUUUUUAAUGAAAAAAAAAUCACUUCCAUGCGUCUUACCUACCUACGUAAUAAUAAAAUAAAUGUACGAAAAUUACUAAUUUUAUUAAAAUGAUGAAGAAAAUUGUUCUAGAAUAGCACAUAAGAACUGUUUAUUGUACCUAAUAUACCUAUAGUAACAAUUUGUAUCUAAUAUUAAUUUAAUGUAAAUAAUAUAUUUUAUAUUAUUAUUAUAAUAUUGUAAAAAAACACUCUGAAUAAAAUGCCAUAUUAUUUUACCUGUUAUUUUAGGAGUGUCUAGCUUAAGGUUAGUGUCAAGUUGUGGAACGCGAGUGAAUAUCUACAAAAAUACAAACGGAAUAUAAUUAUAAAAUUUAAAAACUUUUGUGAAUUA